UUUAAAGGCCGGGUAGGUGGAGGCUGAGCUCAGUGUUUGCUGGCUAGGAGAGAGACACCUGGGAGCUCAAAGGCAAACUGAGGGAGAGCAGAGUCAGUGACUGAAUGGAAAUGGGCAAGAUGAGCUUGGACCACCUCUUGCUAUUGCUGUUAGUUACACUGCCAAUUGAAGUGCUGCCCCAACACAUAAGAAGACAUUGUGCCCGCCAUUACUUCAAGGCAGUUGAGUAUAUCUGUGAAACUUACAAUUACGCAAGCUCCCUGCUGGACGAUCUACGCUAUUCCGGUCCCCCACGUGUUGGUAAGUGAUUCAGCCAAAGUUGAGCUACCAGCCAGUCCUUCACCAUGUAGCUUGCUGCUCUUUUGUAUUCCUGUUCAAGAGAAGUAAGGUGGCUUCUAUAAGGGAGCGCAUGGGAUUUUCCAUAUUUCGGGCCAAAGCUCCAGUUUUUAGUUAUAAUCUGUAUAAGUGGGAACAGGAAGAAAAGAAAUGGAUUAGAAAGCAGUUCAGUUUAAUGCACAGUCUGCAGAUGGAUGUUUUGUUUUUAACCCAAGUGAAAUGAUCCAUGGUCGGCUUUUGGAGAGAAAAUGUUUCUUUUUUCUGCUGCAGUUGACAUUGGAUUUUGGCUUUUUACGACUCAAAAGACAAGAUUUUAUUCCAUUCAGAAUUCAUCAAGGAUAUCUAGUCUGACAUAGCUGUCAGCAUCGCCCUUGAGCCAGUGCCACCAACUGGACUCAUCCACUUCAGCCCUGACUGGGCCAGGCGAGCUGGGUAGCACUUCCAGAGACCACCUUCUACACAGGAACAGGUCAAAGUGUUGUGGACUCACAGCUUAGUGUUGUGAGCACCGGAUUCACUCCAACAAGAAGACAGUCGUCGUACAGCAGAGUACAGCAGAGUAUAUAAACAACUCGGAGAGCAGCUCUGUAGAAUAUCUUCUUUUAUUCUAUCUACAACUAUACAAACUAUAUACAGAGCUAAAUAGGUCUAAGCAUAAAUGAAUGCUGCACUGCACUGAGUGUCUGCAGCUGCUCUUAGCAGCAACCCUAUCUCUACACAUGAUCUCUAACACUCAGUCUCUCUCUCUCUCCGACACUGACUGACUGACUGACUUGGUGCUGGAGCAGAAUAAGUAGAGAGCAGAACACGCCUCCUCCUCUCUGGAGAAUCAGCAGACUCCUCAGGAGAUUCUUGGAUAUGGGAGGGGUGAAAUCUCCUCAAUAGCAGUAGUAGCCUGUGAUUUAAAUAAAUAAAAGAUAGUGGUCUUUUGUCAACUACCCUUUUUUUCUUGCAAAAGAAAUGUGCAUUUGUUUCUCGUUUGUUAAUUGUUGUUGUUGUCUAGUCGUUUAGUCGUGUCUGACUCUUCGUGACCCCAUGGACCAGAGCACGCCAGGCACUCCUGUCUUACACUGCCUCCCACAGUUUAGUCAAACUCAUGCUGGUAGCUUCGAGAAUACUGUCCAACCAUCUCAUCCUCUGUCGUCCCCUUCUCCUUGUGCCCUCAUCAGGGUCUUUUCCCAACAUCAGGGUCUUUUCCAGGGAGUCUUCUCUUCUCAUGAGGUGGCCAAAGUAUUGGAGCCUCAGCUUCAGGAUCUGUCCUUCCAGUGAGCCCUCAGGGCUGAUUUCCUUAAGAAUGGAUAGGUUUGAUCUUCUUGCAGUCUGUGGGACUCUCAAGAGUCUCCUCCAGCACCAGAAUCCAAAAGCAUCAGUUCUUUGGCAAUCAGCCUUCUUUAUGGUCCAGCUCUCACUUCCAUACAUCACUACUGGGAAAACCAUAGCUUUAACUAUACGGACCUUGGUUGGCAUCACCUUGCCAACAAAAGUCCGUUUGUUAAUACUAAGAGUCAUCUUUCAGUAUUGUAGUUCUGUUGAAAUGGGAGUAUGGAAAUCUUUCUAGACUCUUUCGUAAUGGUCAGACCAUUUUCUGGUAGGACUUAGGCUUACAACUGCUUCUGCUCUUCACAGGUAUUUAAAGUGGGUUCUCCCUGAAGGUUGAUGGAAUCUGAUAGAUUCUUAAGGGUCUUUGGGGAGUUUACAGCUAGCAUGGCUGGCAUUCUCUCAAAGAACUAGUUACUCCAUAGAAUAGAGAACUGAUUAAUUAUUUCACCAUUACUUGCAAAUGCCCUUUCUCACAGGGCACAGAGUCUUACUGCUAAUUUACUAGAGAGCUGGGGUCAAUGAAGCAGAUAGGGAAAUAGCUUGAAUCCAAGUGGCAGAAAAUAUCAUGCGGACAGAAACACAAGAGCACAUUGGCUUUGCAGAGAAUGUAUUACGAUAAAUCAUUAAAUUUAUUUAGUUCUGAAAAUUGUUAGGUGCUCUGUUAAAAGCAGAGAUAAAGAAAUAUUCUGAAGAAUCAAUGAAUGUUCUCUGAGAUGAGAGCCCAAACUUUGUAACAUGCAAUGCAUUGUUUUCAAAUUAUUUUAAUUCCACUGUUAAUCUUUAUUUCUAAAAAAUGCAAUUUGUUGGUACAAACCAGAAAAUGGAAUGAAGAGGACCAAGCAAUGAAUGAUAUUGUGCAGUGUUAUCAAUACUUGUUUCUCAUCAAAAGUAGUAGUAGUAGUACAAUUUAAAAAAUAAAACAAAAUUGAUUACUUAAACAAACCACCCCAAAAUCUAUUCCCAGCACCCAAUAAAACUAGCAUUCCAAUAUGUCAACAAUACUUUUCUUAGUUAAGAUGCACGGAGGAUUCAGAAUUGAUAAGGACUUUUGCAAACCAAAGUCAGAUAAAUUUUAUUUAAAGUAACUGAGGCUGCAAUCCUGGGCACAUUUAGCAUGUGAGUAGCACACAUUUAAUAGGACGUACUUCUGUCUGAGAAGGCCCUAAAGGAUGAUGGCAAUGGAAACCAAAUCUUCUGUUUAACUGCAUUUCCUGUAUGCAAUAGCUUCAGAAGAUGAGCUGAGAAGCAUAAUGGUUUUGUCUUUCCUUUUCAGAGUUAGCUGAAGACCACCACCGACCCAAUGCCGAGCCAUCGCCGGGACAUUUCUUUGAUUCAAAUAACCCUCGCAAUAAUUCUAUGGAUGCAGCUGAGGAGAAAGCUCGGCAGAAGAUAAAAUAUAUAAUAGGCAUUGCUGGCCGUGUUAGAUCAGGUUUCCCACAAGUCAAACGCUUCAAAAGACAAGAGAUGUACCUGCCAAGGAAGUGUUGCACAGUGGGAUGCAGCGUGGAGGAAAUUAUUGAUGCCCACUGUUAGAAAUACUGGUUCAGUUGCAGUGCUGCUUGACCAUUGUGUACACAAAGGAGAAGCACAGAUGAUUUUUAACCCCGUCUUGUAUGCAAUUAAUUGUAGGCUUCUUAGCGCCUUGGAAAAAUCUGGGGUGGUGUCUUUGCAUUGUGACAGCAAACCAUCGCAAAAUUCUGCGGUGGUUUUGCUGAGAUGCAUCCACACCCCUUCUCUUCUAGAACUUGUCUUGGAUCUCAUGCUGAACUUUCCAUGGAAAUUGUAAUGCUUAAGGGAGACUAUCCACUGUUAAAUAAAGUAGUACGAGAGCAAAGGAUUGUGGUUCUUUCACCUCCAGCACC